GGUGCACGUGGGUCAUGUGGGGUCUGAUUCAUAUUCAGAUUUUGAUGCAGGAGGUGUGGAGCGGAGCUCGAGAAGCUCAUUUCUAACCAGCUGCUGGGAGAACUCCUCCAGAGGCCUCAACAUCCUGGGCUCAGUGUCCCCAUCUGGGCCCCGGGACUGACCCCUGCCCGGCUCUCAGGGCGGCUCUCUCUGAACCCAAGACCAUGUAGGACCAUCCCAGCACUGCAGGCCAAGGCUGCCCUGGGGACCCUAAAGUCUCAUCAUCUUCAGGAGGCAGGAAAAACCUCGAAGGGUUUCCUUGAAAGGGCCCUUGAAGGCAACUUGCUGGCAUUUUGAGAUUUUUCCUCCUAAGAUGAACAUGGAAGGAACUGCCUAGUGCUAACAAACUUUGGGAAACUUUCCCUUUGGGAAAGCUUUCCUUCACCACGCAGGGGCAGCAAAGCAAGAGCCAGGGCCCCCCAAAUUGCUAGCUCCCCGUUAAGAAACGGGUGGGGCUUUUGAUUUGGGGCUUUAGGUAGGGGAGGGUGCCGUGGCCUUCCUGGUCAGCGUUUUCCCAUGGGCCUGCGUCUGGGGCUGCUUCCAGCCGAGGAGACAGAGGGUUUCUCAGAUGAGCGUCCUCGGCUGUUUGUCUCCACGGGGGAAGGUGCACUCUGACGUCAGGGAGCCGAGGAGCUGGGCGUGGGAAGCCUCGGUUUCUGGAUAUUUUCUGGACGCUAGUUUCUCUGUAAAAGGACUUCAAAGUCCUGGGAUCAGCAUGACUUUAGUGGGAGCCCAGCGGGAGCCCAUCUGGACUUGAACAAUUUGCUAAUUCCAUUUGGCUCUAGAGCUCAAGGGGUCACAGGUCACAGAAACAAGCCUUUACCUAUGAGUGUCACUAAGGACCCAGGGCCCUGGGGAUGUGGGCCUUGAGUUUUAGCCCAUCUCUGCUGGGUUCUCUAAAGGGGAACCGACGGCGGGGCUGAUGUGAACUCAGAGCCGGUCCCACCUUGGCCCGGCCAGGCACCCCAUCUCCCACCUGGGAAACGGGGAGCAGUUAGGGCUGGAAUCCUGGGGAAGAGAAGUUCUUUUUCUGUUGGGCUGCUGAUGGGUGCUGAGGCCAGCCCGGGAGUGGCGGUGGAGAGCUCCCCCUGAGCAGGACAGCAGCACAGAGGGCAGGCAGCCAAGCCAAGAGGCUGGGAGGGCCGAUCCCUGCUGAUGGCGUCGAGCACCCAGGGUCUGGCGAGAUUGUGUCACCCCCAUAUUUUGAGGCUGGUGGAGGUGAUCGACAGUGAGGAAAUCCUGUUCAUCAUCAGCGAAUAUGUGCGUGGAGGCAACCUGCUGGACCACCUGAUGGAGCACGGCGCCCUGACCGAGGAGGAGGCGCGCGGCCGGUUCCGGCAGCUCGUCUCUGCUCUCCAGUACUGCCACCGCCGGGCCGUCAUACACCGGGACCUGAAGCUGGAGAAUGUGCUCCUGGACCUGGCGGGGAGCGCGAAGCUGGCCGACUUCGGCUUCUGCAGCCUGGAGCCCAGCGGGCCGCUGAGCACGUUCUGCGGCACCCCCGGCUACAUGGCCCCGGAGGUCAUGCAGCUGCAGCCCUACGACGGCCCCCCGGCCGACAUCUGUAGCCUCGGCGUGCUGCUCCACGCCAUGCUUGCCGGGUCCCUGCCGCUCUGGGGGGAGGAUUUCCAUGCCAUGCAGCGCAGCAUGCUCCUGGGGGCUUACUCGCCGCCCAGGCUGGUAUGGCGCCAGUGCGCCCGGCUGCUCAGAGGCCUGCUGACCCUCGACCCUGGGAAGAGGAAGACCUUGCAGGAGGUGAUGUUUGACCCGUGGGUCAACUGGAGCCAGCCGAGGCUGAGGCCUUACAGGGAGCCGCCUGCUGACACGAUGGCCACCUGGGGGACCAACGAGAUGCUGAAGGCCCAUCAGCCGCAGGGGGGUGGCCACGCCAGCCCCCCGAGCUCCCUCCCAUCCAACAAGGCCCAGUGCUGCCGUGCUUCGCCACACUGCACGGCCUGGCGGAGGGCCUUGGAGCCCCGCGGCCGGCGCGCUGGCAGUGAGCCAGUUCUGCCUACCUGGCUCCGGGAAGCUGGCCGUCAGCAGCCCAGCAAGAAGCCGCAGUCAGGGCCGAAGGCCGCCGAGCCUGAUGGUACUCUGCCCAGCCUGGACUGGGGCCCCGCUACCCCCAGCCCGGCCCCUCCAUGAGACCCCGGGGCCGUCCCCCCCUUGACAGCGCCAAACACUCGGGGAACCUAGAGGACGGCCUGGAGGCACCUGGGGGACACAAGGAGAGGCCACCCUCACUACCGCUCUGCCCCUUGGCCCCACUGAGGUGGAACCUCAGAGCCUGGACUGCUUUUCCCGGAGCACAGCUUCCCUCCCCGUCCUCUCCGUCUCUUCUUCCACGUUGAGGGGCUGACGGUCGGGUCUCGGAAAGUCCUCGGUUUUCCAAGUCUUGUAAUAAACUUGCUGCUGCAGAAAGCUGUGUCACAGAUGCUCCGUUUUGCACCCUCCUUAUGCAGAGCGGCGGCUGGGCGGGCUCCAGGUUGAGACGCGUGUAGGGAUGUAGCACGAGG